AUGUUGUUAACAGAAGGAAAUCAGAGUUUUGGAGCCACAUUUACCCUCUUGGGCUUCUCAGAAUAUGACGACCUCCAGGUGCCCCUGUUCCUGGUGUUCCUGACCAUCUACACGGUCACUGUGCUGGGGAACCUGGGCAUGAUCAUGAUCAUCAGGAUCAACCCCAAACUCCAAACCCCCAUGUACUUUUUCCUCAGCCACUUGUCCUUUGUUGAUUUCUGUUAUUCCACUACAGUGACACCCAAACUACUGGAGAACUUGGUUGUGGAAGACAGGACCAUCUCCUUCACAGGAUGCAUCGUGCAGUUCUUCUUUGCCUGCAUCUUCGCGGUGGCAGAAACCUUCAUGUUGGCAGUGAUGGCCUAUGACCGAUUUGUGGCAGUUUGUAACCCUCUGCUCUACACAGUUGUCAUGUCCCCAAAGCUCUGUGCAUGGUUAGUGGCCGGGCCCUACGCAUGGGGUAUAGUCUGUUCCCUGACACUCACCUAUUUUGUCUUGGCAUUAUCCUUCUGUAGGCCUAACAUCCUCAACAAUUUUGUCUGUGAGUAUUCUGUCAUUGUUUCUGUCUCCUGCUCCGAUCCCUACAUCAGCCAAGUGCUUUGCUUUGUCAUUGCCAUGUUCGAUGAGGUGAGCAGCCUGGGAAUCAUCCUCACUACCUACAUUUUCAUCUUUGUCGCUAUCCUAAAAAUGCCUUCUGCUAGUGGGCGCCAAAAAGCUUUCUCUACCUGCGCCCCCCACCUGACUGCCAUCACCAUUUUCCAUGGGACUGUCCUGUUCCUUUAUUGUGUACCCAACUCAAAAAACUCAUGGCUCAUAAUCCAAGUAGGUUCUGUAUUUUAUACAGUCGUCAUCCCCAUGCUGAAUCCUUUGAUCUACAGCCUCAGGAACAAAGAUGUAAAAGACAGCAUCAGGAAGUUAAUGAAUCACCCAACACAAUUUUGUUGA